AUGAAUUUGCAUGGUCUCACGAUAUAUGAUACUCAUCAUCAGUAUUUGUUGCAAAAAUUUCGUCGAGAUCAUUGUUAUUUGUGCAAAACUGUAUUUGGUUGUAAUAUUAAUUCAACAGAUGAUCUUCGUCGUAUUUCUCGAACUAUAGCAUUUGGUAUUUGGCAAGAUAAUCAGUUGUCAAUUUUUGAUCAAACUAUGUGUGGUUGUUGUCGCAAGAAGCUUGAGAAACAAUAUUAUCAUAAAGAAAUUAUUGAAAAGAGUGAAAAUAUUUUUUCAUGGCUAUAUGAUGAGUACACAAUUUAUACUCCAUCUAGUGCUUCAUCAUCGCCAUAUUCCAUAUAUGAAUUCAAUGAAGAUCCUGAUAUCCAAUCUCAUCAAAGAGAUAGUUUUAGAGAAUUUUUAAUGGUUAAUGGUUAUCAAGAAAGUGUGCAAAUGACAAACUCUUAUCACAAAAUGAUUCAGAAGAAGCAGCAAGAUUUUCGACGUAAAACCAAAAAUAUAUUAUUAUUUAUUUUACAAAUAUUAGCAUCAAAUGAUUUUCUUCAAGUUUGGAAAGAUAUUAUAGAAUCUGAUUUUGAAGAAACUAUGCAAGAUUGUGAACUUGAUGGAAAAUUUGGUAUAGUUAUGAAUUGCAUUGCUGAUGCCUAUAAUGAUGUUAAUCAUUGGAGUACUAGACGUCAGCUUCUAUUAAUUGUUGCUCAAGAUAUUCCAUUGUAUAUAAUCCAACAAUUUAUACCCGAUGUAACACUAUGGAAGUUAAAUGCAGCUAAACAACAAGCUGUUGCUAAUGGUAAAUAA